GGGCUGGAGGAGAAGUGUCGCCGCCGCCGCCCUGUGUCCGCGUCAUGUAUCGGCGGAGCCGGGCGGUGGCCGGGCGCCUGGGGCCCCGGUGCCCUUGGAGAUGGGAGGGGAGCGGCAGGCUCCGGCUGGCCCAGGGCGACUCGGCGCGGUGCUGUCACCGGGUGCGGCCGCGGGACCUGGAUGCCUCUUGGGAUAAACUGCCUCCAGGGCUUGUUCCUCCUGCUUCCAUAGGCCCGACAUUCCACUCCCUGUUCACCAAGAUGCCAUUGGAAGCUCCCACCGCCCUCCCAGCUCUGUCCACCCCUGCUGGGAGCAACUUUGCCACUAUCAACCGUACCAGACCGAAAGCCAGGCUUCGCCCGCUGAUGCCCACUCUAGAGACCAGGGCUCUUCCCCGUCCUGCUGCGCUCUCCCCACCAGAAGGCAUGGAGGAUGCCAUUACCCUGGUGAAUGGGAGGCAAGAGGAUGACAUUGUAGUGCGGGAGAGCGAAGGGCUGGACGGUGCCUCUUUGGACUCUCUGCACAGCCUCUUUCAUGGCUGGCAGUACCGAUCACCUUACCAGGCUCCUGAGGUAGCGCUGGGCCCGCUGGCAUCCUUCCGGGCCACUGCUGGAGUCCCCUCCCCAGUCCGUUCUCCAGGCAGCAACGACCCUAGCAUGGAGGAGCACCUCGCCACCAUACAUCAGAAAUUGCAGGACGAGUUACCAAACUUCUUUUUGAAGGUGCACAACUUUGGAAUGUAUUCUCAGGAUGUCGAGUUCAUCAAUGAGAUUCUGCAUUUGAGAACACGUGGCCUCUCCAUGUACCAGCUGGCACUGGCCUUCUGCCGCUUUGUGGCCUGGAACUACUUUGCCAUUCUGCGCAUGGAAGUGCUGAAUCUAACCCAGCACCCGGAGAACUGGAGCGUCCAAGCCCGGUGGCGGAUUACAGGGGUGCCCUUCCAUGUCCUCCUGCUCCGCUUCUACAAGAAGGAUAAGAGCGAGCUUUACAGAACCUAUGAUGCCUAUUCCACUUUCUUCCUAAAUUCACAAGGGUUAAUUAACUGUCACAGGGUCAGCAAGCUCAUGCCAUCCCAGCCUCCCCUGAACAAGCUGAAAAAGUUCGCUGUAGCAUCCUUGUUGGGCCUGGGGUUGUCGGACGAGAGGCCAUCACUGCUGCUGUUCUUAUUGGCUCUGGCUGACAAGCAGCAGGGGACACCAGUCAGCUGUAGGGAUAGCUGAAGCCCAGCUGCCCUCUUGCUAGUAUCUCUCUCUCAGCUCGUCUACCGCACCUGAGUGUGGCAAGGAGGAUGCCACUAGUGGCUCAUUGUAUAUCCAUGUUGCCUCUUGUAUAAAUAGUGUGGGCCUUGCCUCAUGUUGCUGCUGUGAAUGGCACCAGCAAGCACUGUAAAGAUGGUUGUAAUUUAAACUGUAUAUAAUAAAAAGGUUUAUGUUGAAAAA